AUGCUUAGAACCUCUUAUCAAAAUGACAAACAUAGUUGCGUUAAUAUUAAAGUAAUAGUUCGGUGCAGACCUCUAAAUGAAAAAGAAAAAAAUGAUAUAAAUAAUGAAGAGGUAGUUAAAAUAAAUAAUAAUGAAGUUAUAUUAACAAUUAAUAGAAGUAAUGAAAUUUAUGAAAAAAAAUAUAGUUUUGAUUAUGCUUGCGAUAAAAAUGUUGAUCAAAAGACACUAUUCAAUAAUUAUAUUUUUCAAAUCGUUGACGAGGUGGUCGAAGGGUUUAACUGCACGUUGUUUUGCUAUGGACAAACUGGGACUGGCAAGACAUAUACUAUGGAAGGAAAAAUUUUAGAACAUUUAAAAAAUAAUGAAAACAAAAAAGUAGAUUUAAAUGAUAGUAUAAAUAGUGAUAUAAAUUAUUAUUAUGAACUAUGUGAUAAUGAUGAUACAGGUAUAAUUUUUAGAGUCGCUAAAAGAAUAUUUGACAUAUUGAAUAGUAGGAAAGAAGAUAAAUCCAUAAAAAGAGAAAGAGCAUUAUAUGAUACAUACAAUUAUACUAAUCACAAUAACAUAAAUGAUGAUAUAAAUGACGAUAUAAAUGUCGAUAAUAAAAAAAAAGGAAUUAAACGGCCUGAUAUGACAGGAUUUGAUAAACUAAUAGACACACAUGAUAGAGAGCAAAGAAAAGAAACAAGUAGCCCUGUAUUAUCUAAUAGAAAUAAAAUGAUGGAAGAAGAAAAUAAAUACAAUAAUAAACAUUACAACAAUAUUAACGAUAUAAUUAUGAGUAACAAUAGUAAUAAUGAAAAAAGUAGUUUCGAUUUUAAUAUAAAAGUAAGCUAUUUAGAAAUAUAUAAUGAAGAGUUAUGUGAUUUAUUGAGUCCUACUACUGAAACUAAUCAUAAAUUAAGAAUAUAUGAAGAUAUGACAAAUAAAAAUAAAGGAUUGAAUGUAGAUAAGUUAGAAGAAAAAUGUAUAAACUCAUUUGAAGAAAUAUAUUAUAUUAUAUGUUCAGCUAUAAAAAAACGGAGAACAGCUGAAACGUCGUAUAAUAAAAAGUCAAGUAGAAGCCAUUCCAUAUUUACAAUUACAUUAAUAAUGAAAGAUUUAAAUAGUGAAGGAGAAAGUAUAACAAAGAUCGGUAAACUUAAUUUAGUUGAUUUAGCAGGUAGUGAAAAUGCAUUAAAAAGUUCAUAUGGCAAUAUUAAAAUAAGACAACAAGAAUGUUGUAACAUUAAUCAAUCAUUACUAACAUUGGGACGAGUUAUAAAUGCAUUGAUAGAAAAUUCAUCUUAUAUACCAUAUCGUGAUUCAAAAUUAACUAGAUUAUUACAAGAUUCUUUAGGAGGUAAAACUAAAACAUUUAUUGUUGCUACAAUUUCACCAUCUUCUUUAUGUAUUGAUGAAACAUUAAGUACGUUAGAUUAUGUAUUUCGAGCUAAAAAUAUAAAAAAUCGUCCUGAAAUUAAUGUUAAAACAACUAAACAAUUAAAAAUAAAAGAUUUAAAUAAUGAAAUUGAAAAAUUAAAAAAUGCUCUAAAUCUAAAUCGAGAAAGAAGAGGUGUCUAUCUUGAUAAUGAAGAAUAUAAUAAUAUUCAAAAUUCCCUUAAAAAAAAUAAAGAAGUUAUAUUAGAAAAGGAAAAAAUUUUAUUUGAAAAAAGUAAAAAAAUAAAAACCUUAUUAAAUAAAAUGGAUUAUUCAGAUGAUGUACAAAAUCAAGUUAUCGAAUUUUUAAAACAUGUUCUUUUAAAAUAUAAAAAUAUACAAUCAUUAUAUGAUAUUUUCAUUAAUAAAAUCGUGGAAGAAAAAUAUGUUAAUCAAUUUUUAAUAGACCAAUUUGAUCUUAUUAAAAAUUAUUAUUAUGAUAAUGUUUAUUUAUUUGAAGAAAAAUAUAAACUUAUUUCAGAAAUAGUUAGACAAAAUUUUGAUCAAUUAAAUCAAAAAAUAAAUAAUGAUAAAACUUUUUUUAAUAAUACUUGUAAUAAUUCUUUACAAAUAUUAUCACAAAUCAAAAAUAAUAUAGAAGAUAAUAAAACAUUUUUUUUAAAAUCCAUUAAUGGGUUUGAUCAAUUAAAUAAUGAUUUAUAUUCUAAAAAAAAUGAUUUACUUAAUUUUUUUUUACAAAAUAUAGAUCAAAUUGAAAAGGUUGAUAAAAAUGGUAUGAUUAUUAUUGAUAAAGUUAAAAAUAAAUUAUUAGAAUGUAAAGUUAAAUCUAAUAUAAAUCCUAUAAAUCAUUAUGACCAUUUAUUAAAUGCUCAUAAGUUAUUAAAAAAUGGUGAUAUGGCAAUUAAUGAUUUUUUUACUUACAUCAACAAUAACAUUGUUCAAGAUCUUAGCAAACCAAAUGAAAAUCAACUUAAAGAGGAAAAUUCUCAACAUGACGGAAACAAAUUAAGUGUGUGCAAAAAUAUAGAAAGUAACAACGAUAGUAUGAUAUCUGUUUAUCAAUCAAAUUUUAAAACUUUAGAAAACUUAGUUUUUAAUGAAGAAGGUAUAGAACUUGUAAACAACAUCUCUAAAGAUCUGUCUAAUGAAGAAUAUAAUAUUAAAAAUAUUAUCGAGUAUAUUAAAAAUAUAAGCAACUUGUUUCAUCUCUUUUUAAAGUCAUCAAGCUUAUGUUUUAAAAAAAAUAUUAAAGACAAAGAAGAAUUUUUUUUAAAUGAAGAAAAAAAAUUAAAAGAAAUAAUUCAAAAAUAUUAUGACCAAUAUAAUACAUAUGAAAUUGAAAUUAAUGAAAAAAAAAAUCAAAUUAUACAAAAUUAUAAAGAAAAAAUUAAUCAAGACGUAAAAAAUUUUCAACAAAAUGUUUUAAAUGAAAUUAAAAAUGUAAUAAAUAAAAAUAUUACAAUUUUAAAUGAAAAAGUUAAUAAUCAAAUUGAAGCACUUAAUGAUAAAUUACAAGAACAGGUUAGCAAUAAUAAACAUAAAGAAUUAUAUACAAAUUCAUUAAAAUCUUUGGAAACCUUUUUUUAUAAUUAUAAUAAAAAUUAUACAAAUUAUGAUAAAGAAUAUGAUAAUUUUAAUAAUAAUGUUGAUAAAAAAAUAAAUAAAUAUAAUGAACUAUUUCUAAAUGUGAUAUCUGAUAUGACUAUUCAAUUAAAAAAUAAUGAAAAAAAAAUUAAAAAUAAUAUAAUAAAUAUUAUUACUAUUUAUGAACAAAUCAUAAAUAAAAAUACACAAAAUGUUGAUAAGAUAACAGAAUAUUUUGACAAAUACACUAAUCAAACUUUAAUUGAAAAACAACAACAUUAUAAAAAUAUAUCAAAUAAAAUAUCACAAGAAAAAUUAUAUUUUGAAAAUGCUGAAAAGAAUCAUCAAACUUUUAGUAAAAAAUGUGUUGAAAAUAUUUUAAUAUAUAAUCAAGAGUUUUUAGAAAAUCUAGAAAAAUGUAAAGGAGAUAUAAAUAUCAUUAUUGAUAAAGUUGUCAACCAAAAUUAUUUUCAUGAUUUAAAUACCAUACCCGACCCAAAAGUUGAAGACAAAAUUGAAAUUAAAAAUAUUAAUGACAAUAUUAAAGACAUACGCGAUGAAAUCAAAAAUAAACAAGCAUUAACUAUUGAUAAUGUAAAUACAAUUAAUAAAGAAGAUCAAUAUAAUGAGCAUAAUAAUGCUAACCAGUUUGAUAGUGAUACUUUUACACAGGUUGAAAAAAAAAAUGAAAAUUCCGACAACUAUUUAGACAUUAAAAAUUUUACACUAAAAGAAUUAGAAAAUGAAGCUAAUUCAAAAAAUAUUGAUUUUAAAUGUUUAUUUGAAAAAAUAAAUGAUAAUUUCGAUUUUAUUAAUACUGAAAAUACAUCUCUUAAACGUGCAAUAUUAAGUGGUGAAUGCAAAUUAUGGCUAAACACUAGCACAGGGCUAACAAAAGAUUCUAAUGAUGCUCCUUCUGUAAAUGCUAAUACAAAUUUAGGCACAACAAAUGUUAAUACAAACUUGUCUAGUAGUGCUUUCGGAAUAAAUAGUGAGAAAUCGAAAAUAGUAAGUCAAAACAAAUUAAAUGUAAAUAAAAAUAAUAAAGAUAUUUCUCUUAAAACUGAUGGAGAUAAUGAAAAAAAUAACAUCAAACCUUUAAAAGACCAAAAUAGAAAAAGAAAUAAAAGUAUUGAUAAUUCACAUCCUCGUGCAAAUACAUAUAAUAACACUAAUGAUAUAAAAUUAACUACAACAAAAAUUGUUAAAUUAAAUAAUGAUAAAUUUAAUUCAAAUAAAAAUUCACCACUACUUAAGCGUUUUAAGGAUGAUCCCUACAAAAAUAAAAACAUCAAACUGUUUCGAAAAUUAUAA